AUGCUACCUGACAGCGCUUUCGAGCCUUGGUGGGGCGCCCUUGGACCAGAGAACCGCAUUUACGCAACUGCCGCUGCGUACUGGUUGCUAAAUUGCACAACAACAAUCGUCGUCGACCAAGGGACUGUACUCAGGAGACUGCAUAGCAAGGACGACGGCAAGCCUCUGGAAAAGGAAGUCGCAAAGUCUCAUACGAGAAAUGCAUUUUCUUUGUUGCACUAUGCGCAACUUGGAGUGUAUCGCAAGCAGUCUACCUGCCACCGCCUUCGCAAGCGGCGUGCCCCUGCGGAGGCGCAGCAUGCUCUUGCGUUCUGCAAUUUGCUACAUUUCUUCAGGCACAAGCACGCUGGUGAUGUGGAGCAGUAUCGUGCGCAGUGUUUGCAGCUGACAGACUCGGUCAGGAAGCAGUUUAAGGCCGACGCGGACGCGCCCGAGCCAGCGCUCCCAGACCUCUCGCACAUGGAGGCUGUUUUGCAGAGCCUGCAGCAGUACUCGGAUGAGGCAGCCCCGUUUGAAUUACUAGGGAAAAUUCUCAACUUCAAAGUGCGUGGCGGGAGCAGCGGGCAGCACAGCGGCCUUUUAUACCCGGCGACGCUUGACGUGCUUCCCGCCCUUGUUCUGGCGCAGCAGCAUGCUGCGGGAUCUUGCCGCGGCCGGUUUGCUGCCGAGAUGCUGCGCGCAGCAUAUCCGGCCGUGCGUUUGACAGCUGCCGACUGCAAUUUCAUCGCAGGCAAGCUGGUCAGGCAUGCCCCCCACUUGCUGGGCACGGGGCUGGUACUUCCUACAGAUGUGCCCGCAGAGGAAUUCGCCCCCGAUGUGUCCCAGUGCGUGCGUUGCAACAGCCUGCUGGCAGUCCUCCACAUGAGGGUGGUGCCUUGCUUCACCAGCGCUUCGCAGUGCAAACUUGUCCAGCUAAAGUAUUUGCGUUGCGUAGGCUGCCGUGCCGCAUAUCACGGACCUUGGGUUGAGCCCGUCCGCCCAAAAAAUCACGGGGGCGGCAAGUUCUUGAGCGCACUCCCGCCGGCAGUCUUCAACACGACGCCGAACUUGCUCUUUACAGCCUCCAUGCUUGAUUCCGUGACCGACAUUCUGCUGCAUUGUGGUGGAUCGUUCCACGGCAUCGCAGAGUUGCUUCCUCUCCCCGCUGGCCUCAAGCGAAGGAGUGUGGAGCGACUGCUCCGUGACACUUGGUUGCAGCACAGCGUCUGUCGCAGCUUGGGUCAAGCUGGUCUGCAUGUUGACUGGAGUGUGCAGCAAAAUCGGAUGGAGGCGUGGUGUCGAGGCUUGUGA